AUGAUCACAGAGCAGCUGCCAAAACAGGAAAAUUGGCUGUGGAGCUGGUUUUCUUUCCCCCUUCUCUCUGGUCUUACCUGGCUGGCAGACAGGAACAAGCCCCUGCAGGAACCCGUCUGCAGUCAGCUGGAGAGGAACAGAUCCUCCGGCAAGAUGUGCCCAGAGUGCGAGAUUCUGUUCUGCAAAAAGUGCGAGACGUUACAUUACAGCCGGGCUUUCAUUGAACAUGGACUGCUGGGCCACAGCACAGAAAACCUGCCGGAGGCUUUGAGCCCAGCACUGAGUACAGACUCUAUAGACCUGGCUGUCGCUCCGGAGGAGUCAGAAGAGGAAAUAAAGAGGCAGUGAGAGGGGUAAUGGAUUAAUAUCUUGGUAGCCCGCAAGCGAUGCUGGCCAACUUGUCUGCUGGUCCUAGAGGUGAGUACAGGAGGAUUGAAGUCUGUGCAAGCUCACUCUGGCUGCUGACUAAUUGUUCUCUCUGUGUGCAUGUAUGUAAGUAAGUGUGUGUGUGGUCUACCUCAUAUGGUGGUUGUUUUAACACAGCUGUGUUUUUAAAAGGUGGGGGGGGAGAGACCUUGGAUGCUUUGGAUUAAAUCCUUCAACAUCACUGCUUCUUAGU